CGACAACUCGACGGAUUCUGCGGUUCUUUAGUUUUAUGCUGAAACUACAAGCAUGAAUUACCCUGCAUUUUUUGGUCUUUUGGUCGCCGUAAGUCUCUCAUUGUUAACUGGGCGUGUUAUCUACAGGUAUCGAUUGGAUUUAGAAAGAGUAAGAAUACAGAAAGCAACGGUUAAUCACUUGAGGAAUGAAGGUACUUCCAGUCAUGGUGUUACCACAAAGGGCGCAAACACAGACACUCCAUUUGCAGUAAUGACCGGAAAAGUUUACAAAGUCGACGCCUUCGAGAAAGAUGACAAAGGAAAGAAGUUGAUUGCCAUAGCAGCUACGAAGAAACAAUUCAAGAUGGCGUGUCUCCCUUUGCCAGAGGCUCGGCAGCAUUGUGCUACCAAGACGAAGGAAACUCAUCUGCAUUACGUAGAACUUCUAGAAGGACCGAACAUGGUUGAGGCUUACUGUACUUCGGACCCCUCCGUCGUCCUGGACAACGUCAAACACCUCUGCUCGCGCAAAACCUGUGACGGCGAUGAGUGCAAACUGUACCUGUUUAAAAUCAGAGUGAACAAAGAGGAUAAAGAAGAAUGCAAGAUUAAGAGCUUCGCUUCGGUGACCGGUGGAUUCCAAAAACGUGGCGAAGACGAUUGCCCAACACUGUCACAAAGGUCAAAAUUGUUGGACGAAUGCGAGGCAAAAGACAUAAUCAGUCCUGAAGAUGCGGCAUGGAGUAAAGAAGCAAAUAUUGAAUCUUUAUGUAAAGUAGAAGAUGCCCCUGCUACUAACUCUGCUACUGAACCAGCACCGGAUGCGGGAACGUCUUAACCAACAGAAGAGGAAAUGAGUCAACCAUGUCUUAGUUUUGAAAAUAAAAAGACAAAA